GACAAGAUUGCACAGCACACAGGAAACAGGUGACGAGCUAAAUACAUUUCUAACUUUAAUUCUACGUGAGAAAAACUCGGUCAAUUUUUAGAACUUUAAUUCCAUUACUCAUUGGCUUUGAGUCGUUUCUGAAAAGAAAAUUAAAAGCAGUUUACAAGAAGAACCAAGUUUCAUGGAAAGCUUCGUAGUUUUUGUAAUUCUGUAACAAACGGGGACUCGAAUACCAAAAUUGUGUACUUUUUUACGAGUUAAAAUAAUUAAUUUUUUUACUCGCACGGCAUACUUAGUUGCAGAGCUAUCGAAAUAAUGGCAGCCAGCUUAAUCAAACCACCGGAUGGUGUUCUUAAAGCUAAAUUUAAUACGGAAGCAGAUUAUUGGUCGGUUAUCUUGCCUUACAUUGAACGUCGAAAGUACACCAUUGGCGAUACGUACACCUCGUGGGACACGCAGGGCGAAUUCGUCUUUUUCACGACUAAGAGCGAUAAGUGGAACUGGAGUUUCGGGCUGGAAAUCUUCUGUGACCUUGACUCGUACUGGGUCAAAGCUUUCAAGGGGGACUACAUUUUUCAAAACGGUGUAAAAGUGGAUGACGAAGUCAAGACGAGGGUAAAUUUUGGCGACACGUUCACCAUGACGAAGCUCCGCAACGAUAUUUCUGGUGGACUUGCCAUCUUUGCGUUUGAGAAACGGGAGUACCCGACAGAUGUAGAUUACUGUAAGAAAAUUAUGUGUGACUCGGACAAUGCGAAAGAAUUAAAUUUCACGCUGGGUCGAAAUAAAUUGAUUUUCUCCCACAUCCUCUCCUACCUCUCCCUGCGAAGCUUGAAGAACGCUCGACUAGUUUGCCGACACUGGGACGAAGAAGCUUCUCCCAUUCUGCAGAAGAAAUGCGCCAUCAAUUUUGACGAAGAUUAUCAACCUUCCAACUCCUCUCUGCAAUUUUUCCGAUACGUUGGCGAAAUGCGAAAUAUCGCGGGUUGGCCAAACUGAAGCAUAACCUUUCCACACUUCCCAGCCGACGAGGACGACCAGAAAAACUGGGGAGCUAAAUAUGUCACUGAUCUGAACUGGUUUCUUCAGCCGAAGUGGGGACAUCUCGUCAAGACUUUGUCCUUAAGAGGGGAUGUCCACUCCGAUCAAGAUUACAAGUUACAUCUCGAUACCGUUUCUCGAUUUCAAGACACCUUGCAAGAAUUACGUGUCGCCUUCGAAAUCCAAAUUUGUGACAAAGAUGGCGCCGAGAUGGAAUAUCCGUGUCAAUACGGCAUAUUUUUCCCCGUUUUGAAGAAGGUAUCCUUCGAAUUGGUUACUUACUCACGAGAACCAGACGGACUGACCGCGAGGUGGAUGCAAACUUGGGCCGACGCGAUUACAAAGGUGGCCUCCGUUUCUAUUGUCGGCGAUGAUUUCUUGGGGUCCAGAUUUAUCCAACAGAUGAAAAGAAAAGGGACUUUGCGGUAUACAAAUUUGAGGGAAAUUCUGCUAACUUGCAAGCCAGAGGAUGGCAUCAAUUUUCUCUCCGAGUUGAACCAGCCCCUGAAGAAGAUGACGUUGACGAUACCUUUGGAAAAUCCACAGCUUCCCGACUUUGAGAAUUUGCUCAGAAAAUUUGCCCCGUCCUUGGAAUUUCUUAGCUUUCGUGUCGAUACGGAUGGAAUGCAAGAAAAGUCGCGUUUCGUCCUGAAUAUGCCAUGUUUUCCUAAAUUGAAAAGUUUAGACCUUCACUUUGGAGAUUUUGAAAAUUUUACAUAUUUCUUAGGAGGUGCAGAUGUGGAAGGUCGUAUCAAAAAUUUGGCGCGAUUAAGUCUCGCAUUUCCUCCGUUAAUGGGUCCACGUGAUAACGGUAUCGACUAUGGACGCCACCUUCCCGAGAUUCGUUCCAUCAUCAUUCUGAAACCAUGGUCGCUCGAGCGUCAGGAAGAUUUCUGGGACACGUACAGCGAUCUGAUUGACAGCCUACUUCCCAAGGAAGACGGACAAAGUUGCAAAACUCUGGAAAAUUUCGAUAUUUUGAGGCGAAAUGUUGAACCUGAGACGCGAUAUCGUCAAGCUGGUCGACUUCCGGGGAUAUUUCCGAAUGUCCGGAACGAGUGGAUGGUCAAAUUGAAGGAGAAGAUGAAUAAUUGAUGAAUUAAUUUUGUUCAUUGAUAUGAAUUUACAUGUAUUCAAUUAGUGUAAUUUAAAUUAAACCCUUUACAUUUCCGAGUUUGAUCUAGAUCAAUUACUACGGUAGAUACCGUAGUAAUUAUACAAUUGGGGGAAUUUAUGUUACCUCUGAUAUUUCAAUUUGAGUAUGUAUUUAUUUCAAUUAUUUAAUGUUCAUAUCCAAUAAAUGUAUAUACAUUUGCGAUUUU